GUAUCGAUUCAGAAUUAUCAAUACAAAAAUGUGCUUCAGACAUUAAUAGUCACCCGGUAGUUGUUCUCAAUGAUGAUAUCUAUGAUUGAAGAUGCUGGAAUGGGACCGGGCAUGAUCGCGACCGGGUACCAUGAUGGUUGGCGGAACUAUGAUGAUAUCCUCGAUGGGGAUGAGAGGCAUGGGAGCAGGCAUGAUGGGCAUGGGAGGAAUGGGACGAAUGGGUGCCGUGGAAGCAAAAUCCAUGCUAAUAUCUGGUGCAAUGAUGUCGUAUUGUAGGCUAAGUAAUCUUCUACAAUAUGCCACCAACAAGAGGUCCAGCAGCCCAUGGAGAAGCGACCAGUCCUCCACCCAAAGGAGCUACACCCACCCCCAAUGGGGAAAUCAAGCCGCCGUUCAAAUCAGACGUCAGGAUUUGGGCGUAGGAGGCGGCGAUGGCCAAAACGAAGAAAACAGCAACGAUCUAUAA